UUUAGGUCCCUACAUUUUGAGUUUUGUUAGAAUAGUGUUUGAGUUUACGAAUGUCGAAUAUUUCUACUUGAAUUACAGUUUAUUCCAUCAGAUAAAGAAUUUAAUAUUCUUUCUUUUGGUGGAAAUUUGGAAGUAUACAUUCAUGCCACCUGGCACAGCAGAUGACUCCUUUCCUUCCCCUCUCCUCCGGAGAAGUUUUGGCCGUCAUUUUGCAACCCCCACAGGAGAGGAGAGGGCAUCAUCUAGUUGUAGAUCAUCCGAAGAUGUGGCCAGUCAACAGUCAUCAAGUUUUGGUGUUCCUGAAAAUGACGAUGAAGCAGAACGAAGACAAAGGCAUCGUGAUCGAGUGUUGGAAUUGCAAAGAAAAAAUUUAAAUAGUCCACUUACACCUACAGAUAGGAGACGUUCGUUGGGAGGUGGUAUCGCAGGACUUACCAAUGCCCAGUUAGCAGAACAUUAUAAAAACUGUAUCAAACUUUCAUCUGAGAAUAAAAUAACCGUGAAGAAUGCAUUUGGAUUACACUUGAUCGACUACAUGGCUGAUGUUUUAAAAAAUAGGGAUGGAACAACAAACUUUCAGGACUGUUGUAAACAUGAAAUAACCACAAGAAUUCAUGUAGCAGUUACUGAUUACAAGGACUGUUGUAAACAUGAAAUAACCACAAGAAUUCACGUAGUAGUUCUUGAUUACAAGGACUGUUGUAAACAUGAAAUAACCACAAGAAUUCAUGUAGCAGUUCCUGAUUACAAGGACUGUUGUAAACAUGAAAUAACCACAAGAAUUCAUGUAGUAGUUCUUGAUUACAAGGACUGUUGUAAACAUGAAAUAACCACAAGAAUUCAUGUAGCAGUUCCUGAUUACAAGGACUGUUGUAAACAUGAAAUAACCACAAGAAUUCAUGUAGCAGUUCCUGAUUACAAGGACUGUGUUACACCUUGA